AUAAUAAUCAUAAUAAUAAUAAUAAUAAUAAUAAUAAAGUCCUGUCCUCCUGCUGAGAUCUUUUUGAUUGCAGGUACUUUAAGGUAACACACAUCAAAUGAACUAAGACAUCAUUCCGGAAUAUAAGAAUCAAAUAAUCUCACAAAGGUAAGCCGGAGUGAUGCUAUUUACUGCCUUAUCGGUCAAAAGAAAGAUUUUAUAAUCAGCUCUAAACUUAACUGGAAGACAAUGCAGCAGUUAAAAUACUGGUGUUAUGUGGUCAUACUUCCUAGUUCUUAUAAUAAUUCUGGCAGUAGCAUUCUGUAUAAAUUGUAACCUGGAUACAGUCUGGUAACGACAGCCUGAUAACAGAGCAUUACAAUAGCCCAACCUACAUGAAAUUAAAGUAUUCAGACUCCUUCACUUUUUUCAAAUUUUUGCAGCCGUAUGUUGCAGCCUUUUGCUUCAGUUGCUUGAUUUCGCUGUUUUCCCUCAUCAAUGCACACUGAAUACCCCAAUAAUGACAAAGUAAAAACAGGAUUUUAGAAUUUUUGGCUAAUUUAUUAAACAUAAAAAACUGAAAUACCACACUGGCAUAAGAAUUAAGACCCUUUGUUAUGAAAAUUGAAAUUAAAGUGAGGGGUGUUUCCAUAGUGUGACCAGAGCUGAAACCAGACUGAAAUUUUUCAAAUAUAUUGUUAUGCUUAAGGUCUUGUACAAUUUUGGAAGGUACGAUCUUUUCCAAAAUGCCCGUCUGUCUCAGCCUUUAAAUCCAGGAUUCAUCUGUUCACUUAGCGUAUCCAUUGUAACUGAUGUUGAUUCCUGCGUAUUUCAAUGCAAAUGAGCUGGAAUUUUUAAAAAUCACCACAUUCAACAAAUCAUGAUAUCCUUUGUAAGUUUUUUGAUUAUAUAGGGAAAAAGGAUUUGUGUGUUCUUACCAUUUCACAUAAACAAUGUUUACGUGUUUCUUUCUCAAAAGCAAACAAUGUGAAAUACUAACCUUUUUCAUGAUUCCUUUCAGUCCAGUGAGCUGUUGUGACAUAAUGCUGAUUCAGGACUUUUCACAAUAAGACAACAAAUUCUUUGGGCAACGACAGGUAUAUAAGUGACAGUAUGGCACAUGUAAAAGCACAGCAACGUGAGCAGAGAUAGCCAUCACUAUGACUAUGGGCAGGGUAAGUGGUGCUACGAAGACAAAAUAAUUUCUAAUUAAAAAAAUAAGCCUGUAUCACAAUAGGUUUGGAUGAUUUUUGAAAAGCCAAACCUAUUAUAAGUAUCAUGUUUUAUUUAUUAACAUCAGUCCCCAUUCCAUUUCAGCUCACCUUCUACGAGGACAGGAACUUCGGCGGUCGUUCCUAUGACUGCAGCAGCGACUGUGCCGACCUCACAUCCUACAUGAGCCACUGCUACUCCUGCAGGGUUCACAGUGGCUGCUUCAUGGUCUAUGACCGCGCCAAUUACAUGGGGAACCAGUACUUUCUGAGGAGGGGAGAGUACCCUGACUGUAGGAGCAUGGGCAUGAGUGACUUCUUCAGAUCCUGCCGAAUGAUUCCCAUGUACAGGGGAUCCUACAGAAUGAGGAUCUACGAGAGGGAGAACUUUGGAGGUCAGAUGUACGAGAUGAUGGACGACUGCGACAACAUCAUGGAUCGCUACCGCAUGUCCAACUGCAUGUCCUGCCACGUGAUGGAUGGCCACUGGCUCAUGUAUGAGCAGCCCCACUAUAGAGGAAGGAUGAUGUACUUCUGGCCUGGGGAGUACAGAAACUUCAGCAACAUGGGAUGGGGCAGUGGCAUGAGGUUCAUGUCCAUGAGACGUAUCAUGGAUUCUUGGUAUUAAAAUAAUUUAAUAAAUUAAUAACUAAACUAAAAAAGGGCUCUGAAAAUUUAUUAAAUGUA